GGGGCGCUGCGCCCCGCUCCGGGCUGAGCGCGGCGCGGCCCCCGCGCGUCCCGUCCCGUCAGAGCGGCGGCGAUGUCCGAGCCGGAGCACCUGGGCGGCAAGCGAGCCGAGUCGGCGCGGCUGCGGCGGGCCGAGCAGCUGCGGCGCUGGAAGGGCUCCCUCACCGAGCAGGAGCCGGUGGCGGCGGGGGGCGGCCGCGGCCGGCACCGCGGCGCGGGGGGGUCCCGCGUCCGCUUCGAGGAGGGCGCCGUGUUCCUGGCCGCCUGCUCCAGCGGCGACACCGAGGAGGUGAAGCGGCUGCUGGGCCGCGGCGCCCGCAUCAACACGACCAACGUGGACGGGCUGACAGCCCUGCACCAGGCCUGUAUUGAUGAAAACCUGGACAUGGUGAAGUUCCUGGUAGAAAAUGGAGCCAAUGUGAACCAGCAAGACAACGAGGGCUGGACCCCUCUGCAUGCAGUGGCUUCCUGUGGCUAUCUGAACAUAGCAGAGUACUUGAUUAGCCAUGGAGCCAACGUGGCUGCUGUGAACAGUGAAGGGGAGGUCCCGUCUGACAUCGCAGAGGAAGCAGCCAUGAAGGACCUGCUUCUGGAACAAGUGAAGAAGCAAGGUGUAGACCUAGACCUGUCAAGGAAAGAAGAGGAGCAGCAGAUGCUCCAGGACGCCCGGCAGUGGCUGAACAGUGGGAGAAUUGAGGAUGUAAAGCAGCCUCGGACAGGAGCCACAGCCCUUCACGUUGCUGCAGCCAAGGGCUAUUCUGAAGUCAUGAGGCUUCUGAUCCAGGCUGGGUUUAAUCUGAAUGUCCAGGACAAUGAUGGCUGGACUCCCCUCCACGCUGCCGCACACUGGGGGGUGAAGGAAGCGUGUUCCAUCCUGGCCGAGGCUCUGUGUGACAUGGACAUCAGGAACAAGCUGGGCCAGACGCCCUUCGACGUGGCUGAUGAGGGACUCGUGGAGCAUUUAGAAAUGCUGCAGAAGAAACAGACUGUGUUGCGAAGUGAGAAGGAGACGAGGAAUAAGCUGAUUGAAGCUGACAUGAACGGGAAGCCUCAAAGCAGGCUCUUCACCAACAAAGAGAAGAUUCUUUAUGAGGAAGACAUGCUGAAGUCCAUGGAAAUGGAGGAAGAGAACAAGGACUCGAGCAGUUCUAGUUCUGAAGAGGAGGAAGAAGCUGAAGAUGAAGUUUCAGAAUCGGAUGCUGAAAAGGAGUCAGAGAGGAAGGAAGAGCCCUUUGCCAACCACUCCAGCCGUGAAUCCAGGCCCAGCAUCACUGAGCAAAUGCCACCACCCGAGCCCAACUCCUUCACUGCGUCUGCCAGAAGAUUCAGUUGGCUCAGCAAGUCAGAGGAGCAGAAGGAUGAGUCGCCGUCAUCGUGGCGGCUGGGGCUGAGGAAGACGGGCAGCCACAACAUGUUAAGUGAAGUCGCUGCCACUCGUGAGGCACAGAGAGACAAGGCUGCUUCUAUCUAUCGUUCCUCCUCCAGUCCUCGGAUAUCUGCACUGUUAGACAACAAGGAAAAGGAUAAAGACAACAAGAGCUAUCUUGCCACCAUAGCCCCAAGAAGACUGAGCAGCACGAGCGAUAUAGAAGAAAAAGAGAACAGGGAAUCAGCUGUGAACCUGGUGAGGAGUGGCUCCUACACCCGGCAGCCGUGGAGGGACGAGGCAAAGGGAAACGAAGCUCCCCAUUCUGGUGCACCCACCACUUAUGUAUCCACCUACUUGAAAAGUGCUUCAUUUGGUAGAAGUAGUGACCUGGGCAGUCCCUACAUUUCAGCCAGUCGCAGUCCAUCUCUAGCUACCUCACCCACUGCCAUUGGCUCAUCUACCUCCCCGGGCUCCCCGUGGCAACCUGUCUCUUCCUGCCCCACAUCUCUCGGUGUGAACACUCCUGCAUCAGCCUGCCACUACACCAGAGCCCCUUUCAGGCAACAAACUGAUUCUGCUGUAGAGAAAAGCCCAGAGGGCAGCUGUGUUACCCCUCUAGGUGUAAUCACAAACCGGGCUGUGCUCGGCGCUGCCAACGGCACCGCGAACGCCGGGGCUGCCUCCGCCCCGGGGAAGGAUCUCUCUGCUGAGGAGGCCAGGGAGCGCAGAAGGUCAUAUCUGACUCCGGUGCGGGAUGAGGAAGCGGAAUCACUGCGGAAGGCACGGUCCAGGCAGGCCCGGCAGACUCGCAGAUCUACCCAGGGUGUGACCCUGACAGACCUUCAGGAGGCCGAGCGGACCUUCAGCCGGUCGCGGGCGGAGCGACAGGCCCAGGAGCAGCAGAGCGAGAAAGCCGAGGGCACCGAGCUUGAGGAGAGCGGCGAGAGGCCGGAGAGCCGGGCACGGUGGAGCAGGAGUACGGAUGAGGAGUCAGUCUGCCGGCGACUGAGGUGCCCAGCACAGCCCGACAAACCCACGACACCUGUAUCUCCUUCGACAGCAGCACCUCUGCUCUACACGAGUUCAUACCUGACUAGAACAAAUAAAUAUCUAGGCCUGGACUCUGUGAACCCAGCAGACUUCAGAGGGGCAGCCACAGAGAUGGAGAAAAACGAGUGUGAAGAUCAGGAUUCAGACGACAGAUCCCUGAACAAACAGUCAAUCCGAGAGCGGCGGCGGCCGAAAGAGAGACGGAGAGGCACCGGCAUCAUUUUCUCGACAAAAGAUGAUGAUGAUGAAGUUGAUGGAAACGAGGAUGUGAAGGAAACUCGGGCUCGAGCUGGAAGCAGCACAUUCAUCACGCCGGUGGAGCUGAGGGGAUGCUGCACAAACCACGGCUCUCAGCAUGAAAGACUUUCCAGGUUGGAAGCAGCUACGAACCCCAGCACCAGUGACUCGUCCUACAGCGACCGUGCCUCUGGUCGCUCCAGUGCCUACAGCCGCAGGGAGAACCGGCUCGCCGCCCUCAGCAGCCGCGCAGAGGAGGAGAGCAACAGGGACUACAAAAAAUUAUACGAGAGCGCCCUGUCUGAAAAUCAGAAGCUGAAGUCAAAGCUGCAAGAAGCCCAGCUUGAGCUGGCUGACAUCAAAGCAAAGUUGGAAAAAGCAGCCCAGCAGAAACAGGAGAAAACUUCUGACCGGUCCAGCAUGCUGGAGAUGGAGAAGAGGGAGAAGCGAGCCCUGGAGCGGAAACUCUCUGAAAUGGAGGAGGAGAUGAAGAUUUUGACAGAGCUGAAGUCGGACAACCAAAGGCUGAAGGACGAGAACGGAGCCCUCAUUCGUGUCAUCAGCAAACUCUCCAAAUAGGAAUCCUGAGCAAAGGCAGGAUGAGGAGGGGCCCUACACCAGCUGCCAACCCCACCACGAGCCCUCCCCGCCCUUUCCCACCCGUCACGUACAGCAAGUGUUUCAGCCGUGGGAUCAAUGUCACACCUGCCUUGCCCUGCCCUUUGCUGUACAUUCCCUCUGUGCCCCUUUUUUCCCCCCCAACACACCCCCCUGCCAUUUUAUUAUUUUUAAUUUAAGCAUGUUGUGGUAUCUCGGACAUUUUAUUCAAGGGAGAAACGUGAGGACUGGGUUUGAGCUGCCAAAACUUCUUCCAGGAGCCCAGUACUUGGUGUCGGACUCUGACCUGGAGUGGGAAGCUCCUGUUGUAAAAAGUGACACCUCAAAAACUAAUCCAGCACAUCCAAGCCCUGUACAGGUGGGAAAUGUGAGGCUGGGACACACGGGCUGGGACUCUGAGGAUGCACAUCAACCCACUGAGAUGUGGGACUGGCUAAAUGUGAUGCUGUGAAAGCCACCUGGGCUCGUGUCUGUCACAGGCUGCUUUGCACAGAGACCUUCUCCUCCUCUCACCCCAGUACACCCAGUCCUUUAUUUAAGAUUUUGAACCUGUUCAGUAACAGCAACACUGACACUUGGCAUCAGACCCUUAUCCCUCACCCUCCCUUUCACCCAGCCUGGGUGAUUCCAUGUCACGUUGUGUUCUUCCAGGGCUCCUGGCUGUAAUUAGUAGCAUCCAUUUGCACCUGGACUGUUGCUCCUCGGGACAGGAUGUAUCACAGGUACUUCUGAGCUUUCUGAAGGACAACCUUGAACCCUUAGAGACCCCUCUGCUGCUUUUACAGAGCGUUGCUGUGCCCACACCAGAAAGCAGCCUCCCUGUCCUAAACAGCCAUCUGGGACAUUCUGCUGUCUCCACGAAGGCAGUGCCCCGUAGUGGAGUCUGGUCUGGUACUUUGGGUACCUCACUUGGAUUUGCAGCAGGAUUUGUAGAGAGGGGAAAUGCCAGAGUCCUGUUCCCACCCACCCUUCUGUUGGUGGAGCAGCUUGACACUGCUGGAUUCCAGGGCAGAGGACCGUGGAGCAGUGAUCACUUGCACACACCUUGGAAAGGUGAGGGUGCAUGGGUGUCAGACAGGCAAGGAGCUGCUGGUAACUGAAUCACUGUGAUGAAAGUCUCCUAAACCCAUCAAAAGCUUGUGAUAAGCCUUGACCUUGAAGGAAACCUCCAAAAAUACCCCUCUUUAAUCUUACAUGCACUCAGAACCGCUUGGAAUUGUUCUCCCCGUGGGCAUUGGCUCCUCUCUCCAUGCUGUGGGACCUGUCAUCAGGUCUGCUCAGCUUCCCCUUAACUGACUCCUCUCAAACAAUACCUUCCCUCUCAGAGACAUCUUGCUGUAUCCAAACCACUCUCCCAUCUACAUCCUUCCAUAUUUGUUUUUUUCAUUCCCUUUGUCCUUGGACUCCCAGCUCCGUCUGGCCAAGGGCUGCAGUCUCAGUCACUGAACCUGGAGGUGGCCACGAAGCAGCUCUACCCACGUUCCCAGGCAGCUCUGCUGACGGUGGGCUGGGGGGACUCUGCUAUGGAAGAGAGAGAUGAGAUACUUGAACAUGAGCAGAGUACUUGAGCUUGCUCAACAGGGUAAAAUUCAUCAGGCAGUCCUGGGCUUUUUGGAACCUUUUGCUGGUUAUUGCCUCAGAAAGCAUCUUUAUUUUCCUCUCCCUUGGGCUUUUUUCUCUUUGGUUCUCCACCCACCCACCCUAAUUCUCCAUCUUUCCCCCUUCCCCUCCCUGUCCUGCCUGUUUCCACCUCUCUUGCUCUUCCUAGAGCUGCUGUCUUUCCCCAGGCAGCUCUGGCCAGAGGUUCCUCUUCAGCCGGCAGAGCUUUAGGUGCCGUUUCCCCUGGUACACUGAGGCCCUUCCUCUGCUGCUGAGCUUUGGGAGGAAGAGACCAAAGCUGGUAAAGGCAUCAGGGUUUCUGCAGAGCACUGCCUAAGCCAGGCAUCCUUUUUAUAUUCCUUGAUUUUAACCCUGCUCUAUUUAACAGCUUUAAGUCUUGAGAUCCGGUCAACGCUUCCCCUGCACGCCGUUCCCUCUUGGUGCACUCUUUAUGUGAGUACUUCUGGCGUUCUUGAUGUUUUCUCUCUUGGUGACCCGCUCCUCUCUCCAGCCUCGGGCUCUCGGCUCCGCUCAGGAGCUCAGGAGCCCAGUCCCUUCCGUGCCGUGUGGAGGAGAAGAUGCUCACCAGCUGAUGGUGAGGAUGAGAGUUCACACUAAAGAUCCUGUUCUUCUCACGAGGCGGGUUCCUGGCAGCAGGAAGAAGCCUGGUGUCUGUUUUAGGGAGAGGGUUCAGCCCAAUCUGACAAACCCAUCCCGCACUGAUGUUUUGCUCCUCCCUGGCAGGACACUCACUGCGUUUUUUUUCCUAAGGAACAGUAUGGGAAGGCUGUGGGAGGUUCGUUCCUCUGAGUGGCGCCUUGCAAAGCCAAACCACUUGAGCUGACGUGUCUGCUUAGCACUGGAUUCCCCCCUGAAGCCCAGGGAGGGGGGGGAGGGCCCCCAUAGCUCAGUGUCCCUGAUCAGCCAAAGCUGUGAGCGUUUCGCAAACCAAAUUCUUGAGAAUGAAUUUUUUUUUGGUCUCACUUCUUGCCUGACAUAACCAGUGCACUGAGGAGGUGACAAGCAGGACACCUUGAACCCUGUGCUUGGGACAGGGUGCAGAGCGAGCAGGUUUUAAAACCGAUCCCUCUUGGAACCAGAGCAUUUGCCAGACGUGGUUUCCCUUGGGGAACACGAGGGUGGUUGUUUUUCUUUUCUAAGCAAUUGCUUGGGGUGAAUUCAUUUUUAUUGCUUGGGGUGAACCCGCCUGUUGUGGCUGCAAGUUUGAUGAUGGCUCUUUGUAAAUAAACUCCUUGGAGAAGCAGGACUGGCUGACGAGAUGGGGAGAGAAUGUAUUUUUAUGCAACUUUUGAGUGGCCUUUCAAACCCUGAGAUGAAUGAUUUGUUUUACUGGUUGUUGUUAUAUAGUAUUAUAAGUGUGUUUGAAAGUUUGGGAAUAAUAUUCACAGCUAUGAUGCUUGUAAACACAACAGUAUUUAUAAAUGAAUAAAAUAAGAGUUGAUUAAAUAGAA